CAACAACAACAACAGCAACAACAGCAACAACAGCAACAACAGCAACAACAACAACAACAGCAGCAGCAACAAGCGAGUUACAUGAAAUCCACCUUGGCUGAUCAACGUAGGCACUCAGUCGCAAAUUCGCCUCUUUCUAACAGAAACACAGCAGCAAGAGCCGAGUCCCCUUCUUUUACUAGUGAAGAUGAAGUUUCUCCUGUUACAACCACAGCUGUGUCUGCAUUAAAAAGAAGAUCGAUAUUAGCUGCAGCUACUGCUAAGGCUCGUCAACAACAACAACAACAACAACAACAAUGUCCUGAUAUAGUAGGAGCAGAUGAGACUGUAACCACUAAUGGCGGAGAUGAGAAACACAAGACAACAACCACACUGCUAAGAAAGAAAUCAUUGGCUAGUGAACCAGAUUUGCUUUCUCGUCGCAUGUCCAGAACGGAAAGUUUGAAAGAAGGUGUUCCUACCUCACCCUCCAUGAUGGCCGCACGCAUGUCUCGUAGAAAGAGUGUCGUCAAGCAGGAAUCACCAGUAAACCCCGCCCCCAAUUCAAGAAAAUCAAGAGAAAAUGGUAACACAACAGGAGAUGAACAGCCAGCUAAAAAGAACGUUGUUCGAAAACGUGGUAAGACUCUACCAGGCAAUUUAGCAAAGCCUCCCACUGUUCAAUCCUUGCAGCUACCUCCUAUGAAGAUUGAACCAAUCAAGCUGAAUAUGCCCAAGACUAACACAACAGUUAAGCGAGCACCUAAAUCACCUUCAAUUAAAGCAACUUUGAGUAGCAAUCGAAUGACAGCCAAGAAGCGCAUGUCGCUAUCAUCAGCCAAUACAACACCCAUACCAAAUAGCUCAUCAUCGUCCUCUUCGACAGAAGUACGACCUAAAAAGACAAAUUCUUCACGUAAAGCAAAAGGUCAGAGUCAUUUAGGCAUCUCUACUUCACGUCGUGCAUCUCUCAAAGCGCCUUCAUCCGCCAGUGUUGUCACACCACCACUCAAAAGUUCUCCUGUUUCUGCGUCUCCGCGUGUACGACCUAGAUCGACACGUCGUCAAAGCUUGGGCGUGUUGGAAAACAAAACGCAUAAAGAAGAGAUUGAGCAGCCUGUUAAUGCCAGAAAACUUAGUUCUGCCUAUUCCAACAGCAGAAAGAAUUCAUUAGUAGAUGAAGCUAUGAUGGAUAAAGAUAAAGGCCGUCAUCGUGCUAUUAGUCUGCGUGAAAAGCUAGAGGCCAUGGUAGCUCAGCAUGCUAUUCAUGAUGAAGAUACCAAACUUUUGCGCUCGCCUGGUGUUUAUCCAGCCAAUACAACAACAGGCAUGACAGCCACCGAGUAUUUGGCUCAUCGAGCAGCCCGUAAAAGCCAAACUUAUGAUAUUGAUGAAAAAUACGGCCAAUUAUUGUCACCAGAAGAGCGUGCUCGACCUCAACGCAUUAAAGAAACACUGAUGAUGUGGGAUAAAGAAAUGGUGGAAGCAUUCAGCCCUGGAGUUCCUAAAUCUCCACUUAUUGCUAUCAAGUUUUAUGGUCAUCAUUUGAGCCCAUUCGAGCAAACAGAGAUUCAGGCUUAUCCCGAAGUUUAUUUUGUCGGACAACAUGCUAAAAAAUACCAAGCCAUGCCAGAUAACCCCGCUUUAAAUUAUGGCUACGACGAUGAACGAGGUGAUUACAAGAGUGUCAUGAAUGAUCAUUUGGUGUACCGUUACGAAAUAAUGGAAGAAUUGGGUCGAGGUUCAUUUGGUCAAGUAGUUAAAUGCUAUGAUCACAAAACAGCCAGCACAGUGGCUGUCAAGUUGAUUCGAAACAAAAAACGAUUUUAUGCUCAGGCCAAGACUGAAGUUAAAAUCUUGAGCGACCUUUCAAAAUGGGAUCCCGAAGACCGCCAUCAUAACGUGAAAAUGACAGACAGCUUCUAUUUCAGAAACCAUUUGUGUAUAGCUUUUGAAUGCCUUAGCAUGAACUUGUAUGAAUUUAUCAAAGUUAACAAUUUCCAAGGUUUCCAUAUCACAUUGAUCAAAAGGUUUACCAUUCAAUUAUUACGUUCAUUGUCGUUGUUAGCAAGACAUGGAGUUGUUCAUUGUGAUUUGAAGCCAGAGAAUAUCCUUUUAAAACACCCCACCAAAAGCACAAUCAAAGUUAUUGAUUUCGGUAGUAGUUGCUUAGAAAACCAAAGAGUGUAUACAUACAUUCAGAGUCGAUUCUACAGAUCACCUGAAAUCAUUCUUGGUUUAGAUUACAAUACAGCUAUUGAUAUGUGGAGUUUAGGUUGUAUUAUUGCUGAGCUUUACACAGGUGUGCCUAUUUUUCCAGGUGAAAAUGAACAAGAGCAGCUUGCUUGUAUCAUGGAAAUCAUGGGUGUGCCUGAUCAAGAAUUAAUUCAGCAAAGUGAACGAAGACAUUUGUUUUUUGAUCGACGUGGUGAACCUCGUGUGGUGACCAACUCUCGUGGCAAACGACGCAAAGCAGGCACAAAAACAUUAAGUCAAGCACUGAGAUGCAAUGAUGCCUUAUUCUUGGAUUUUAUCCAACAAUGUUUACAAUGGGAUCCCUCCAAACGAUUGAGUCCUGAACAGGCCUUCCAACAUGAAUGGAUCUCACAAUCAACAAGACCUGUUGUUAGAAGCUCGCCUAUAGUUGCACCAACAGAUACUGAGCACCGUCAAGAGGAAUAUGGCGGCAAAUCACCGAGAUUGCUAUUACAUCCACCUCAACCUAUCAUAUAAAAAAAAUGGAUACCAGCUAAAUAUAUAUAUAAAUUACGCAUAUACUCUCCUUUCAAUGAAUUCUGUAUUUCCCCUUUCUUUUUUUUUCUCUUUUCACAAAUAUUACAUUCCCCUAUUGUGUGGUAUUGAUCAAACAUCUUGUGUAUAUAUAUUCAUAUAUAUUGGCUUUUUCAAAAUAGUUUGCUCUCCUUCAAAUAAACCUUCUGAUUAGCUUGCUAGAAAAUUGAAGCAAAUUCUAUA